AUGCACCACAGGCCUCCAGGGCACAUUCCUCACAAAACAAGUGCUUUAUGUGGGAAGGCAGGGCAGGGGGCUUUUUACAGGAGAGGAAAAAAGACUUAUGAGAGAGAGCCCCGAGUAUUUUUGGAAAAAAGAAGAUAUUUUUAUGUGAAAACGAUUUUAAAAUCCUUACAAUGGCCGUCAGACAGAGAGCUUUGUGCGGUUUCCUGUUUUAAGCGGUUCCGGGGAGCGGUGCGUGGCGGGUGGGAGGGCACGCGUGGGGGGCAGAGCCGAGGGCGCUGCCCGGUCCCCGGGCUCUGCCUGGGCGGCCGCAGGAGCACAGUUAAGGAGGUGCACAGGGACCUUGGUGACCUCAGGAGCGAGUCCCCAACCAAGAGGCACCGAAGCCAGUACACAAGAGGCUCUGCUCCCUGUAGGUUGGCCCUGGGGCGCUGGGAAGGGGGCUGGCACGGCUGCCCCCAGGGCGCUGGGUCUGGCUGCUCAGAGGUGCCGGGGAGGGAGGCCCUGAGGGGAAGCACAGGUGGAAGGUCACCAUCGUGCACCUGGCUGUGCGCCGGGAGGUGGCUGUCCGGCUGCGCUGGGCCCCGCUGGUUCGCGGGGAGCAGUGGGUGGGGCCAUCGCAUUGGGGCGCAGCGGGGAUGGGGCCGGAGACAGGACACUGGUGGGAGGAGCUGGAAACCCACCCUCAGGGCGGGUGUGCAAGUCCCAGAGACCUGGAAGGCUGGGUCCGUGGGGCCGCCUUGUGCUGUCAUCAAGGGGCUCCCCGUGGAUCCUCCAGCCCCUGCCAGAGAAGACCCCAAAAUGCCGGUGCCAAGUUGGAUGCUUGCUUUGGGUCGUGGCCUCGUUGGAGCCCGGGGUCUCUGGUCACCAUUCUGGUCCCCAGCCUGCAGGUCCUCUCUGCCCGGAGAAGUCUGGACGUUGGGGGCGCAGUGUGUGGGGGUGCUGAGGAGCGCCAUCUGACACCCCAGCCCCUAAAAACGGGCGCGUCUCUGCAGCUGGGCAUCGCCGCCCCACGGGGGGCCGGGGGCCGGGACACGUCGGGGCGCCAUCGGGGCACCAUCGGGGCACCUGCGGGCUCGGAGCUUCCGUAGACAAUCCUCACACCUUGGUGUGGGGUGCACGCGACCCGCUGGCCGCAGUGAGGUGGGGGACCCCGGCCACGCGGCUCAGUCCCAUGGGGACUCCGCGGCCCCGGCUUCCUGCCCCUGGCCUCGGAGACGAGCUGCCGCAGCCACACGGGCCCGAGUGUCCAGGCGCCAUGACAGCGGGCAGCUGAGCCCGGGAAGUCGGGUCUGGCGGCCUGUGCCUGUUUGCCCUCAGUGACAGCUUACGCCCUAACGCUGACUGAGCAAAUGCUGACGGUGACCUUGAUCCUCCCACACCCAGCCUCCCGGAGUCUCCGCUGCGUUUGCAUGAGCGGGGCUGGCGGGAACGGCAGUGACCGGCUUCACCCCGGGACUGGAGUUCUCAUUUUAAAUAAGUUUUCGUUUUUAGUGAUUUCAGAGAGGAAGGAAGGAGGAGAGAGAGAAACCAUGAUGAGGGAGACUCACUGCUGGGCUGCCUCCUGCACGGCCCCUAUGGAGGCCUGUGCCCUGCCGGGGAAAUGAACCCAGACCUCCUGGGUCACAGGUCGCUGCUGGACCACUGAGCCACACCAGCCCGGUGGGGGCUGGGGUCUCCCUUCUGCCCUAACAUCGGUCGAGGGUGGGGAAGUGCACUUAGUCCCGCGCCGAGUCUGCUUCUCCUGCUUCCUCUCCUCUUGUACCAGUUCCACCUGUUUCCCUUCACAAACCGUGUUUCAGGUCAAAUGCACAAGCGUGCCCUCCGCCCCUCCUGGGGGCUGGGAGCUCUGGCCCCAGCGGUGUUUGUCGUCUGUGCCAGGUGUGCCAGCCCACUGCUCCGCCAGCGCCCAUGUCCGCGUCCACAUCUGUCCCCCCCCCACGUCCCCUCACGCGCUCCGACAUAAUGAUCACCCUGCGUGUGGUAGCCAUUUGUUCCCAGAGAACCAGCAGGUCCUGUUCAGCGUCUUGAAUAAAUCGCUCUAUUUUGAUACGAG